AUGCGCAUGGAAAUAAAGUUUUGCCCCCUUAGAGGCGUGAGUCCUUGGGGUCUUCUUCUCUGGGAUGCCGGCCUUACAUUUGGAGGCCCCAGCGAGAUCGUACGUCUCACGGGAGACGAUCUCAACGGCUCAGCGUCCCUCUUCGGUUCCCCUGGGCCUGAGGGCCCAGCCCGGAACACCCACAGUAGGCAACGGCCGGAGGACCCUGUCGUCACUCUCCCUCUCCGUCCCUACGGGCCCACUAUAAGUGAUGGGACAGCGGAGGGGGAAAUGCCGGCCCUACAGUAUUGGCCAUUCUCAUCCUCAGACUUAUACAACUGGAAAAAUAAUAACCCCUCUUUCUCCGAUGACCCCUCUAAGUUAACAGGCCUAAUGGACUCGCUCAUGUUCUCUCACCAACCCACAUGGGAUGACUGCCAACAACUAUUGGGGGUCCUGUUCACCACCGAGGAAAGAGAUCGAAUCCUCCUCGAAGCCGAAAAAAACGUUCCAGGAGAUGAUGGCAGACCCACCCAGAGACCCGAUCGGAUUGACGAUCUUUUCCCGCUAAAGCGCUCCGACUGGGACCCCAACUCUCCUGACGGUAGGCAGCAUCUUUCCAUCUAUCGCCAGACUCUAAUGGCGGGUCUCCGGGCGGCCACAAGGCACCCUACCAAUUUGGCCAAGGUAAGAGAAAUAACUCAGCCCACUGAGACUCCCUCAGUUUUUCUAGAACGCCUGAUGGAGGCUUACCGACAGUACACGCCUUUUGACCCUGAAGAUGAAGGGCAACAGGGCUCAAUCACCAUGGCCUUCAUAGGGCAAUCGGCUCCUGAUAUAAGACGUAAGCUCCAAAGGCUAGAUGGUCUACAAGACCUAACUCUGAGGGAUCUCAUUAAGGAAGCUGAAAAAGUCUACUAUAAACGAGAGACAGAGGAGGAAAGGGAGUUAGCUAGAGACAAAAGAUGAAACAAGGAAUUGGCAAAAGUGUUGGCCACAGUUAUUCAGGGUAAGCCUGAGACAGGAAAGGGAAAGCCCAAUCGCCCCCCAUUAGACCCUGACCAAUGUGCAUAUUGCAACGAGAAAGGACACCUAAUUAAAGACUGCGAAAAACUUAAAAGGAAGCAAGCCAAGGAGGAACGAGAAAAGCAGUCCUCACAGCUGGCCCCCAUGCUCACUUUAGAUGAAGAAGAUUAAGGACUUCGGGGCUCGGUUCCCCUCCCCGAGCUCAGGGUAACAUUUAAGGUGGAGGGGACUCCCGUGGAAUUUGAGGUCGACACGGGAGCUGUUUACUCAGCCCUUCAGGCACCAUUGGGAGACCUUUUAGCCAAAAAAUCGCUAGUUCAAGGGGCUAAUGGAAGCAAAUAUCGCUCAUGGACCACCGAGCGCACGGUCAAGCUGGGAAAAGGAAAAGUAAAACAUUCCUUCCUGGUCAUCCCGGAAUGUCCUGCUCCCCUGUUAGGGAGAGAUCUGUUAACUAAAUUAGGGGCAAAAAUUUCCUUUGAGCCCCAGGGACCUCAAGUGACAUUCCGCAACCUGAAGGUUGGACAGCCCAUGGUUACAAUAUUAACUCUAAAGUUGGAAGAUGAAUAUAGGCUCUAUAAUGAUCAGAGUCUCCAGCCUGUUCCUCCUGCUUGGUUAGCUGAUUUCAAGGACUCCUGGGCUGAAACGGCUGGAUUGGGACUAGCCAACCAACAGCCACCUGUGGUGGUCACUCUAAAGGCCACUGCCUCCCCCAUCCGGAUUAGACAAUACCCCAUUGGCAGAGAGGCCUACCAAGGAAUCAAGGUACACAUACAGAGACUUUUAGAUCAGGGGGUACUAACCCCUUGUCGGUCGGCAUGGAAUACACCACUACUCCCUGUUAAAAAGCCGGGAACCAAUGAUUACCGGCCAGUGCAGGACUUGAGGGAGGUCAACAAAAAGGUGGAAGACAUCCACCCCACUGUGCCAAACCCCUAUAAUCUCCUCAGUGGCUUAAACCCAUCCAGAACCUGGUACACUGUCCUAGAUUUGAAAGAUGCCUUUUUCUGCUUGCCCCUCCAUAAGGACAGCCAACCUCUGUUUGCGUUUGAAUGGACUGACCCAGACUCUGGAAUAAAUGGACAAUUGACAUGGACGCACCUCCCCCAGGGAUUCAAGAACAGCCCAACUAUCUUUGAUGAGGCUCUCGACAAAGAUCUGGCUCCAUUCCGGGCUCAACACCCGAACCUCACUCUACUUCAAUAUGUGGAUGACUUGCUGCUGGCAGCAGAUUCAGAGAAGGACUGCAACAACGGGACCCAGGAUCUCCUAUACAAAGUAACCUUUGGGCCCCCGGUGACCCUCAAUCCGGCAACCCUACUACCAGAAGAAACUCCAGAACCAAUUCUUCAUACCUGCCAAGAUAUCCUGGCAGAGGGAACCGGGGUGCAAUUGGACCUGUCGGAUUACCCCUUGCCCGAUGCUGAGGUGACCUAUUUCACUGACGGAAGAUUUGUGGACACAGCUAGCCUCAGCCUGCGCUCCCAGCGAAUCUCCCAUACCACAUCCAUACCAGUGAUAAAGGUCGACGGCAUCGCCUCUUGGAUCCAUGCGUCACAUUUGAAACCAGCUUCGGCACCAGAGGACGGUCACUGGGAACUCAAGUGGUCUGAUAACCCCCUAAAGCUAAAGCUGCACCGAAAAACCCCCUAA